UGCAUCCUGAAGGGGAUUUACCCCCACGAGCCCAAGCACAAGAAGAAGGUGAACAAAGGCUCCACCGCACCCAGGACCUUCUACCUUCUCAAGGACAUCAAAUUCCUGCUUCACGAGCCCAUCGUCAACAAGUUCCGGGAGUAUAAGGUGUUUGUCCGGAAGCUCCGGAAGGCAUACGGGAAGAGCGAGUGGAGCACUGUAGACCGGCUGAAGGACAACAAGCCCAGCUACAAGCUUGACCACAUUGUGAAGGAGAGGUACCCAACCUUUGUAGACGCGCUGCGGGACCUGGAUGAUGCCCUCUCCAUGUGCUUCCUCUUCUCAACCUUCCCACGCACGGGCAAGUGCCACGUUCAGACCAUCCAGCUCUGCCGGCGCCUGGCCGUGGAGUUCCUCAACUACGUCAUCGCCUCCCGCUCCCUGCGCAAGGUCUUCCUGUCCAUCAAGGGCAUCUACUACCAGGCCGAGGUGCUGGGGCAGCACGUCACCUGGAUCACCCCUUACACCUUCGCCCAUGACCACCCCACAGAUGUGGAUUACCGUGUGAUGGCCACCUUCACCGAGUUCUACACCACCCUGCUGGGCUUCGUCAACUUUCGGCUCUACCACUCCCUCAACCUGCUCUACCCCCCUAAGAUCGAUGGCCAGGCUGCUGUUGAGCUGAAGCCUGCGGAGGGCAAAGAGUAUGCCAUGGAUUCGGAGAGCUACCUGGAGAAACUGUCAGCUCUGAGUGCCAGCCUGGCCCGUGUGGUGGCCCCGACCCACGAAGACGAGGUGGAGAUAGAUGAGUUCCCGGUGGAGGGGGAGACGGCGGAGCAGAUGGAUGCGAGGAAGAAGGAGCAGGAGGCCCUGGAGAAGCACAAAAAGCUGUUUGAAGGGCUCCGCUUCUUCCUCAACAGGGAGGUGCCUCGAGAGCCGCUGGCCUUCAUCAUCCGGUGCUUUGGUGGCCAGGUCUCCUGGGACAAAUCCCUGUGCAUCGGUGCCACCUAUGACGUGAGCGACCCCUCCAUCACCCACCAGAUUGUUGACCGGCCCCGGGUGCAGCAGCAGGUUGUUGGCAGGUACUACCUGCAGCCUCAGUGGGUCUUUGACUCCGUCAAUGCCAAGCUGUGCCUCCCCGUGGCCGACUAUUUCCCCGGCGUGCUGCUGCCCCCGCACCUCUCGCCCUUCGUGACAGAGCAGGAAGGAGACUACAUCCCUCCUGAGAAGCUGAAGCUGCUGGCCAUGCAGAGGGGCGAGAACCCAGAUGAAGAGAGUGAGGAGGAAGAAGAGGAGGAAGAAGAGGAUGACAAUGAUAAAGAGGAAGAGGAGGAAGAUGAGUCUGAAAAGGAAGAGGAGAUGAAAUUGAAGAAGAUGGAAGAGCAGAAGACUCAGAGCAACAGCAAGGCGCUUCCCGUGAAGGUGACCGCUGGCAAGCUGCGGCUGGAAGACAGGCAGCGCCUGGAGCAGGAGCAGCAAAGUGAGGAGAAGCGUCUGGCCAUCAUGAUGAUGAAGAAAAGGGAGAAAUACCUCUACAAAAAGAUCAUGUUUGGCAAGAAGCGCAAAGUCCGAGAGGCAAACAAACUCGCUGCGAAGAGAAAAGCCCAUGACACUGCUGUCAAAGAGGAGAAAAAGAAAAGCAAGAAGGCACGACGAGCGUGA